AAUAUGGAAAUGUGUCAGAGGAGUGCUCUGAAUUCAGAAUUUACUUCAAUAAUCAGAGAUGCCUCUGCACUAAUCUGUUUUAAUCUAUAUCAACAUGUUUUUGAUGGCUUCAGCUGAAAAAAUAAAAAUCUUACUUUGUGUUCUCUCUAGUUAAAUAGCAAACUAACUGCUUCCUAUUGUUUCUUAAAUGCUUUGUAAACCUUGAAUAUUGCUCUUCUGGUACUGUUCACAAUUAUUAUAUAUAACUGGCAGCUUUCAGGAGAGACGGAGUGUGGAAAAACUGUUAAGCUCCUUUAAAGGGGUUUUUAACUUCAGUCUCUCAAAUUCUCAUGACUUCCUGGCUGUGGAUGUCUAAAAAGCUUGCUCUUCCUUAUAUAGUAUAGAUCUUUCCAAAAACUACAAACUGCCAAAUGCUUGCUUAAACCAGGAACACUAGAAAUGAGUGUUUAAUUUUGUCUGUCUGUCUGUUGCUCUUUAUUCCUAGGAAUAUUAAUCUACACUGCUCUGAUAUUCUCAGGAAUUAGUGGAUCUGAUUCAUGGAAGAGCUAACAAAGUGUUAGAAGGUGUAAAUACAGUUUUCUGUGGCAUACCUAUGCCGUAGCUCAAGGCAAUUCCUUGUACGUUCUGUUGUUCAGUAAGGCAUGAACAUAAGGCGCACCUUCUCCCACCACUGGGAUGUUAGUUAGGACCAUUCCUCUGUGUUUGACCGUGUCGGUCAUGCUUUUGUCAAAAUUGGCAGUGGCUUCCAAAGCUGCUGUUGGCGAGAAGUGCAAGGCAGUCUCGGCCAACACUGACUGACGGGUUACAGAGAAUAUGAUUACAGCAGUCGCGUUUCUUAAGGAAACCGGGCUGGAAGGAUGAGUUUACCUAACCUCUUUUAGCCACAGGCAGUAUAGAAAUGAACGUAUUAAUCGGGAUAUAUGUCUGCUGUCCAGCGACGUUAGCCUGAAAUCCGUGUAUGUAGCUCUUUGAACUUUUUUAGGUGAUCACAAGAUUCUCGAACUGAAGUCCUGAGAAGGACUUUUUUAAAGUUGUCCUCACUUGCCUGCUUAAUCUAGAGGAAUGUGAUGACUAAGUGUUUCAAGAAUCCAAUGACUUUAGGUAUAGAGAAUCACCACGCAGUUCUGCGGAUCUUCUAUAAACUAAUGACUUGGUCUACCAACUGGCAAGUCAAGUAGUUGUUGCACUAGAAUUUGUGGUUUUGGGACCGUUUGAGUCUUAAGCUUUUUUUUUUCCUGCAGAAUUUUUUAAACUUAUCUGUAGAGAAGUAAUUCUGCUGUGUGGGAGUUUGAAGCAUUUUAUCUUUAACAAACAGAAGUAGUUGAUUUGUGCUUUACCUCUGGUGAAGGUCAUGCAGUUUUGUCUGGUUUCAGGCAGACGCUAAGCUGUACUAAGUUAAGUGGCUUUGAAGAAGUUUUACUGUGUACUUCUGCCUGUGGAUAACUUAAUCUGGUAGCUUUAAUUACUUUCCUGUUCUUUUACACUGUAUGGAACUUGCACUGUGUACAUGAGGAAAUGUACCAGCCCUCGCGGACGUUGGGCUGUCUUCUUGUCUGCCUGUCCUCUCUUUGCUGAAUGUGUUUGAAAUGACAGACUAUGAAGUGACAUCUUGUUAAACACGAAAGUGAAAAUAUUUUGUUUCACUUUAAUGCUCAUCUUAACUAAGUCUCAAAUCAGGCUAUUUAUGCUUUGUCUGUUUUGUUUUUCAGAGUAAUAUAAUUAAAAGUGCUUCUUCUACAUUUGAUGAAGAGCAAAUCCAUGGUUGGAUGGUGGAUUAAUAAGUAGUUGUCCUAUUCUAAGAGUAAGAAGAUAUUUUGGGAGUUGGGAAGCACUGGAUUUUCACCCUAGUCCAGCAGCUUUGCUGCUCACUUAAACACAGAUGAAUGAAGACCCCAUUUGGAAAAUCACCAGGUCAGCGGUCCAGAGCUGAUGCAGGUCAUGCAGGAGUCUCUGCUAGCAUGAUGAAGAAAAGAACUUCCCACAAAAAGCACAGAAACAAUGUGGGACCAAGCAAACCCAUUUCUCAGCCACGAAGAAACAUUGUAGGCUGCAGAAUACAGCAUGGAUGGAAAGAAGGGAGUGGACCUGUAACACAGUGGAAGGGCACAGUUCUUGAUCAAGUUCCUGUAAAUCCCUCUCUCUAUCUUAUAAAGUAUGAUGGAUUUGAUUGUGUGUAUGGACUAGAACUGCACAAAGAUGAAAGAGUUUCAGCACUUGAAGUCCUUCCAGACAGAGUUGCUUCAUCUCGAAUUAGUGAUGCCCACCUGGCAGACACAAUGAUUGGCAAAGCUGUGGAACAUAUGUUUGAGACAGAGGAUGGCUCAAAAGAUGAGUGGAGGGGGAUGGUCUUGGCUCGAGCUCCUAUUAUGAACACAUGGUUUUAUAUUACCUACGAGAAAGAUCCUGUCUUGUAUAUGUACCAACUCUUAGAUGAUUAUAAAGAAGGUGACCUUCGCAUUAUGCCUGAUUCCAAUGAUUCACCUCCUGCAGAACGGGAACCAGGUGAAGUUGUGGACAGCCUGGUAGGCAAACAAGUGGAAUAUGCCAAAGAAGAUGGCUCAAAAAGGACUGGCAUGGUCAUUCAUCAAGUUGAAGCCAAACCAUCUGUCUAUUUCAUCAAGUUUGAUGAUGAUUUCCAUAUUUAUGUCUACGAUUUGGUGAAGACAUCCUAGACGUCAUCGUGAACUUUUGCCAAAUUUGUGGAACUAUUAAAUGUAAAAUUUGUAGACACAAAGACUUGACUGCUUUCCAGUUUAAUGAAAGCUUAAAUGUCCCUGCGAACCCACAAUCUCUGCCAGCAAAACUGUUUUGUUCUGAAUAAUACAAACAGAUUUAUGUGAACGUGACACAUUUUGUGUGUGAGAACUCCUUUUCUUGAAGGAAGUCAAUAUAUUUGGGCGGGAGGGAGUUAAAAGCAAAGAACAGCUGCAAAUUCAAGCUGUGUAAAGUUGAUCUAGUAUUGUAAUCAUUAAUCUAAAUUUUUUCAUAGAUUUUAACUUUUUCUUCAACCUUGCACUCACCUGUUCAACUGCCACAUGCAAGUGUAGUUUGAUAUUUUUGAUAUGCCUUCUUUUGUAACAUUAAAUUUAAUUUCUUGGCUACUGGCAGUCCUUGUUUUCAGGGUUGGGUCAGAGGUGACUUUCCUGAAAGGUAUAAAUGGUUUGUGAAGCAUUAAGGAGUGCCUAACCCAAGUAACAUCAAUCUACUGUGUUUCUACACUUUAUUUCAAAUUUAGCUUUUUAAGAACUUGCAGUACAUGGAAAUACUUGUGCAUUUUUAGUAGUCACAGGGCAGUAGGAUAUCAAGUGUUUGACUUAUGCACCUUUCAGUGAAAAGGCUUUAAACUAUAAAAAUAUAUUUAAUCUGUAUAACCAGUUAAUUAGAAAAUGCAGGUUAAUGGCCCAUAUUUAGAAGUCGUAGGAACCAGUAAUAUACACGCAACAAGGCUGCCUUCAGUCCUAAAUGUUGUACUUCUUUAUUUGUUUUGUUAUACACACUUCUCAGCAAAACCCAAGUGCUUGGUGCCACAAAUUAAUGUAACAGUGUAUAUGCUACUCCAGAAGACUUUAGACUACGCAUUGGCAAUCAGUAGUCUCUCAUUUAAUAUCAGAACCUAGCAACCUGAGUGUUUGUGUGUGGACUCAGAAGCCUAACAGUAGUUAACCUUAAACAUGGUAAACGCAGUCUCGUGGCGGGGAAGGGGAAAAUCGUUUUACCUUGAAGACUUACUUUAGAGAAGGAGAAGCAUUUUUUGCCUUCUGCUCAGUCUGCUGCAUUUCUUUGUUGUUGUUGUUGUUGUUGUUGUUUCAUUUUGUUUUUGUUUUU